GUGCACACUGCACGGUGACACGCUAAUACCCUAAGGCGCGAACGUUCUAAAAGAGGUUCGGGUGGAAUUCCCGUUAGGGCCACGCUUUACGCCAGAGUGGUGUUGCCAUGGUUAUGGUUUUGCCAUUCUGAGACUUACCCAUAGGCCGGGUAUCCUCAGAGUGUAAAUUUCAGUAUAGGCAGCACAUGGAGCACACCUCCCCUUCUCCGCUCGGUUGGGACCGCAAAGUCAGCUGGGCCAACAUCCAACAGUUGUGUCCGUUAGCAGUUUUGGGCCAACCCAACGGUUACCUUAGUUACCGAGGGAGUUACACUUACAGGAGAAGGGAAACAUCAGGACAUCCGUGGUUUCGACUAAGAGAGCACAUGCCCAAUAGCAAGCGAAAAAGGGACUUGGAAUUUUAGUUAUUCACUUCUAUACACAUCUUGUUGUACUUUAGUAUUCAAGUUUUCAGCUGGUAUUUUCCUUAGACAAUUAGAGUCCAUGUUCUUCCAAUCCACUUUCAAAACAGUGCUACGUAACGUGAAGCAGUACAAUGUUAACCGAGUGUUGAGACAGACCUUGUUUCAUCCAUCAUGGUCAGCUUCCUCGAAAAGUCUUGUUCACGCGAGAAGCGGUUCCUCGAUCUCGAAAUUGGCGUUGAUUGUUGGUGCCUCAGGUGCAUUCGCUCUUCAAGCCCACUCAAAGAUCCUAAACGAGGCCGUUAACCUAGGUACCAUCGAUACAAGCAAACUGCAGAGCAACAUCAAGGCUGUGGAUCCUACAGCACCACAACCAGCUGUCGUGAACUCCAGGCUGAAUGGAAACUUGAAGUACAGACAACUCUGUUAUGGUUCCCUGAUUGGUCUCUUCACAGGCGUCGUUGUGGGCAAACUAAGUUCCGUGCUCGGUUUCAUCACCUUGUCUACAGUCCUUCUCUUACAGUUCCUUCAAAGCCGUGGAAUCAUUCAUAUUCCAUGGACCACCAUUGUGAGAGUUGGUUCCGACAGAGUUGACCUCAGAAACUUGUUCUUCGAGGAUCCAAGCUUCAAAAUCAGCUUCGCCUUGUCCUUCAUCAUUGCCGCUUUCAACAUCUGAAGUGACAAAUAAACACCACCUCGAAGCUUGAUGCUUAUAGAGGAAAAAAGUACAACCUUCUACAAGGCCCUUUAUAUCGAUCUAUGGAAUCCCAUGACGCUCAUAUAUACAUCUUCAACGAACAGUAGCUCUCUGCUUUGUUUAUCCCUGGU